UCGUCCUUUCUUUGAUACUUGGACUAUCUCUAAUGCCUCUGUUGAGACGCCCAGAAAAAACCAAGUGAAUGUUCACGUCGAAUCCGGUUAAAAGUUUCUUUUACUUUAUCAUUGGUCAGGAUGAGUCUUCUUCAAACAUUUGAUGGUUUUGUCGGGAUAGCCUACGCUCAAUUAUGCUGUUCUUCCUAUCCACGGUUUUUGGAACUGGAACUUUGCGUCCCGGCUCGCCCCGUUGCCCUCGUCCCAUGCAGAUUGGAAUGGUGGCAGUUAGUGCCGGACUCUUCUGUCUGGCAUUUAUGAAUGAGGGGAUCAAAUAUUUGCGAAUGGAAAGACACACCCAAACUAAUUCGGACGAUUAUGACUCUGACUCUUCGAACGAAUUCCGUCCACUACUCUCCUCAAACUACAACCGUGUCAGACAAGAGCGAUUGCGCCGGCACCGCUAUCAUAACUCGAUAGCGCUAAGAUAUAUGGAACAUGCCGACAGGAUAUUUUUGAGUAGUAUCUAUUUCCUACAAACCGUUUUGACGUUUGCCACAAUGUUGGCUGUGAUGACCUUCUCGUUCUGGCUUUUUCUGGCCGCCAUACUUGGAACAGGUGUAGGAACCCAAGUCUUCCAACAGAAAAAAUUUAAACCAAAGAUUUCACGUGCUUCUCUAUCUGGCACGAACGAACUUCAAACUCGGGGCUCGGGACAAUCUGGCUAUGGAUCCAUUGGGUCUGAUUCCGAAGACGACAGCAUGCCAACGAAUUCGUCCUUGGUUGAUUCGACCUCUGGGCUCCAAGACAACCAAAUUGUCGCUGUGGAAGUGCAUCAACAUAAUGGAUCUUAUUCUAUAGGGAGGGAUUCAAAUCAGAUUCAAACUUGCCAUCUUAUGCCGAAUUCAUAAGUGUGAUAUUGUUGUACAUUAUCUCCAAUACAGUCAUCUAUUCAAAAGAAGUCGUGAUUUUUUUGUUGAAAUCAACACCUUUUUUUCUUGAAUAUGAAAACCUCCUGUUUUGCCCAGUACCUAAGAAACUAGGAAUUCAGAGGCUUUUCCUUAUUUGAUUUUUUUGCGCUCAUUUUUGAGGGACUUUUUUGAGGGAUUUGAGGGACAAGAGAAAAGAGCUUGAAAGUCUAAACAUAAUGGAGCCUGGUGUUAAAUAAAUACCAUUGGAGUUUAUAUCGUGCAAUAUAAAUUACAAGUGGAGAGCGGAUUUAUAAACGUUUAUCUGAGAGCUAAAUGUUGAAUAUCUAUUUUCUGAAUAAAGAUUUAUUUUUUUUGGUAA